AUGUGUUUGAUUCAGGGAGCUGCACUGGUGCAUGUGUACACGGAUGGCUCAGUACUGCUUACAUCUGGAGGUGUUGAGAUGGGUCAGGGCCUCUACACAAAAAUGCUACAGGUGGCCAGUAGAGCCCUUCAAAUUCCCAUUGAUAAGAUACACAUCAAUGAAACAAGUUCUGAUACGGUUCCAAAUGCCACAAUGACGUCUGGAAGUACAGGCACCGACUUAUUUGGCGGUGCUGUUCUGAAUGCGUGUGAGAUCAUCAGGGAGCGAAUAGAUCCAUUCAUGAGACAGAACCCAAGUGGCUCGUGGGAAGAUUGGGUUGAAUCGGCCCACCUUGACAGAGUGAGCCUCUCAGCGACAGGGUUUUAUGUCCCAGAGGGCACAGUGGGCUACGACUUUGUCACGCACACCGGCAAUCCUUACACCUAUCACACGUUCGGAGCUGCCUGCUCACACGUGGAGGUUGAUUGUAUCACAGGAAAUCACGUGAUUCUGAGAACAGAUAUCAUGAUGGACGUUGGGAAGAGUCUGAAUCCAACUAUAGACAUCGGCCAGAUAGAGGGUGCUUUUGUGCAAGGUUGUGGAUUGCUGACACUAGAGGAGCUGCGAUACACAGCAGAUGGCUUCCUGUGCACUCGUCACACUGGCAACUACAAAAUACCAGGUGUCAGUGAUGUACCAGUGGAGUUUAACGUUGCAUUACUGCGUAACUCGGAGAACCCUCGUGCCAUAUAUUCAUCAAAGGCGGUUGGAGAACCACCGUUGCUGUUGGCCUCAACAGUUUUCUUCGCAAUUAAAAAUGCCAUCGGCGCGGCAAGAGAGCAGGAAGGAGUUUCUGGUAGCUUCCAAUUUGACAGCCCAGCAACGGUAGAGAACAUCCUUCUUGCGUGUCCAUCUACACUGCUGCCAUCUACAGCUGGAAGUCGUGCAUCUUGAGUUCUCUCCUAUACAAUAUUUUCUACUCUACUCGUGUACACAAGCUAUUGCUAAUAUUUCUGUAUCACCCAGAUAACAUGCUGACGUUGGGCCAACGUUGGCCCAACCACUUAUGGCGCUGUCACACCUCCGUAUGAAAGCC